UGUACUUGUCCCUUCACAAUGUUUCUAGGGACAAAGAUCAACGUUCCUUUUCUCUGCUUCUGUUUCUCCAAUUUUUCCGAUGUUGGGGUCGACGUCUUCUGAAUCAUACUUCUGGGAUUCAUCAGCCCUCGAGUUCAGGAAAAGAUGUUUGCACGCUCUAUGCGUUGGAUGCUUUGGCAAGUGAUUAUUGUACGUAAAUCAUUGUAAACACACCUGAACGAAGCUGCCAUGAGUUUGAUCACUUGCAUUUCCUUUGUAAAACGCCUGUGGGUGGCGUGGGGGAUUCAGCUCUUGGUCGUCGCAACCGUUGCCUGCAAGAUUGUUCUCGCAAUAUUAGGCAGCCGUCGGAAAUAUGUGACGUGGAUUUCAGCUAAUCUCGUCAUUUGGGCCACAUAUUUGCUACUUUCUUACUUUGCGACAAUCGCGCUGGGAAAGCUUACUGUGGUCCGCAUCGACGAUCCUAAAAAUCCAGGUUACGAUGUGGUCUUGCAAGGGCUAUUGGCCCCGUUACUUCUGAUGCAACUCGGGUACGCAGACGGCAUAACGGCCUAUGCGGUGGAAGACAACCGGCUGGGAUUGAGACAAAUAUUGAACAUUGGGGCUACGGUAGGCGUUGUGGUUUGGAUUCUCGUUCGCUGUUGGGACAGCUCAUCCCCGGCCUCAAUGCUGUUCUUCCCCUUGUUCGUGGCUGGAAUCAUAAAAUCGGUGGGGUGGGUCUGGGCUCUCCAAUCCGUGUAUGAUGAGAACUCGAGCGUGACCACGGAGGACAUGUCCGAAGAAGCCGGCAUUAAGCAAGUGUUUGAAGCGUUCCCUGACGACGAGAAGUUCGCGUCCACAAAGGACGUCUUAAAGGCCUACUAUCGGUUCGACUGUUUGAAGCCCCAUCUCGUGAACUGGCUGUACCACCCUCUCUUCAUAUCCCGCGAUUGGAUGUCCAUCGACAGUUACCCCGCUGACCGUGCUUUCACCAUGACCGAGAUCGAGCUGAACUUCAUGUUCGAUGUGCUCUACACUAAAGCACCCAUUCUGUACACAAAACGCGGCCUCAUAGGCCGCUUCAUCGGCUUCUUCUGCUUGCUGUCUACCUUGUGUAGAUUUUCCGUGAUCUUCAAGAAUGCCUUCUUGAUCGAUAUGUACAUCACCUGUACCUAUGCGUUACUGAUGGCAGUCACAUCUCUGGAGCUUUAUCAAAUCACGAUGCUGGCGUUUUCGGAUUGGGCAGUGGUGAAGAUGAGUAUGCACCUUAAGGCGCCGCUUGUCCUAAGGCUCCUCCCGUUUCUAGCCAGACGGUGCAUGAAGCAGAAAAGAUGGUCGAGGUCGGUAGGGCAGCUCAAUUUGUUAAACCGCCGCCUCUUGUACGAACAAUGGUCGAAGCCUGUCGCCACGAUACUUGAUUUGUUUGAGAAAGGGGAGAUCUUCAGAAGGUAUUGGUUACAUUCCAGCCAGGCUAUCCCCUCUUCCCUCAAGGUGCUGGUUGUUCAAAACAUGGCAGAGCUAGAGAAGCAAAGACACCUCCUGCCCUUCACAGAAAGAGGCGACUGGACGCUUGACACUUACGGCAUCAGAGAGAAACAAGGACUGAGCAAUAGCAUCGAGAUGAGAUUCGAUAGGAGCAUCAUUAUCUGGCACAUUGCGACAGAAAUCCUGCACGAAUUAGAGGGAGAUCACUCCGAUGCUUGCAGAGGAAGCAAACUCCUAUCAGAUUACAUGAUAUACCUCCUUGCUCUGCGUCCUUACAUGUUGUCCCUCACCACUGCCGACAUCACGCUGGAGUACGCUUGUUGCGCACUGAGGCCUUUCUUGAGGCAACGAGACAUUAGAGAAGCAAUUAGCAAAUUAUCGUUGGCAGAUGAAGAUUUCCCAGACCCUGUGGAAUUGAGUAAGCCGACGAUGAUCACUCACGGCUGGCAUGUGUUGCCGGAGGUGCAGAAGCUCGUGAUCGACCUGAGGAUGAUGGACAACAAGUGGGAGAUCAUCAGCAGCAUCUGGGUGGAGAUGCUGUGUUAUGCAGCAUACAGGUGUCAAGUGUAUCACCAUGCCAAGCGACUGAGAAGAGGAGGUGAACUCAUCACUCAUGUGUGGCUCCUCUUGGCCCACAAGACUGACAAGUACCGUUCGGAAAUUCCUAAAGAUCUUGCUCCCUCCUCCAAACCCUUCACUAGAAAAGAUUCUUCUAGUUGCUUCCAAAAGAUUUUUGGGAAGAGAGAUGCUAAAACUCGAUACAACCUUAUGUGAUGUGACAUCGUCACGUUCAGUUGGUUUAUUUAUAUUCAAAAAUUCAAAUACUAAAUGACAGUUGAUUGUGUCAUGUGUGUCAUAGUUUUAAGUUCAAAUCUUUCCAAAUCUUCAUUUGCCUUCUCGAUUAUAUAUUUUUUCAUAUUUCUUUAUUAGGAAAAAUGUUAGCAUACA